AUGGCCGACCUGGGGAAGAAGUACUGCGUGAACUGCCUUGCAGAUGUUACAAACCUGCGGCUUCGCUGCACCGACUGCCCCGAUAUCGAGCUGUGCCCGGAGUGCUUCUCGGCGGGCGCAGAAAUCGGUAACCACCGGAGAUGGCACGGCUACCAGCAGGUCGACGGCGGUCGGUUCUCUCUCUGGGGUCCCGAGGCAGAGGGAGGAUGGACCAGCAGGGAAGAGCAGUCGCUACUCGAUGCUAUCGAGCAAUAUGGAUUUGGAAACUGGGAGGACAUGGCCACUCACGUCGGAGCAUCCCGAACUCCUCAGGAAGUCAUGGAACACUAUGUCACCAUGUACAUCCAUGGAAAUCUGGGUAAGGCUUGCAUCCCUGACAGCAUUCCCAACCGGGUGACCGACCACACCUGCCCAAGUGGGGGUCCCUUGUCGCCCAGUCUCACCACCCCGCUCCCUCCGCUGGACAUCAGCCUGGCUGAGCAGCAGCAGCUGGGCUACAUGCCGCUACGCGACGACUAUGAGAUUGAAUAUGACCAGGAUGCAGAGAAGCUCAUCAGUGGGCUGUCUGUGAACUACGACGACGAGGAUGUGGAAAUUGAAAUGAAACGUGCCCAUGUGGACAUGUAUGUGCGCAAGCUCAGAGAACGCCAGCGACGUAAGAACAUCGCACGAGACUACAACCUGGUGCCCGCGUUCCUGGGCAGAGACAAGAAAGACAAGGAGAAAGAGAAACCAGGAACGCUGGGAGUUGUAGGCACUGCUGGUGGUGUGGGUGGGGCAGGAGCUGGUGGUGGCACAGUCGGAUCAGGUUCCACAACAGCAGCAGGAUCAGGUCCGGUUCCAAGCACACCCAAAAGAAAGAUCACCAAGGAAGAGAAGGAGCAGCGGGUCCGGCUGCGGGGGCUCUGCCAGUUCAUGGCCCAUCGGGAGUUUGAGGACUUCUUUGAGAACAUGCAUAAAGAGCGCGUGCUGAGGGCCAAGGUGCGUGAGCUGCAGCGCUACCGGCGCAAUGGCAUCACCCGUCUGGAAGAGUCUGCUGAAUAUGAAGCCGCACGACACAAACGGGAGAAACGCAAGGAGAACAAGAGUGUGGUCACCUCCAAACGGGGCAGCGGAGGAGGGGGCGGGCUUGGCUCUGGGAUGGGACUCGGGGGUGGAGCUGGAGGGGGAGGAGGUGUCGCUGGAGGAUUAGGGGUUGGUGGUGGGAUCAAAGAAGAGGGCAAGGAUGGCGAGUUUGCCGCCAUCGAGAAUCUGACAGGCUUUGAGCUGCUGUCAGACAGGGAGAAGGUGCUGUGUAACUCUCUGAACCUCAGCCCAGCUCGGUACCUGACUGUCAAAACCAUCAUCAUCAAAGAUCACCUGCAGAAAAGGCAAGGCAUCCCGGCCAAGAGCCGGUUGCCUAGCUACCUGGACAAGGUCCUCAAGAAGCGCAUUCUCACCUUCCUCACAGAAAGUGGAUGGAUAUCCCGAGAUGCCUCUUAGCAGUCCGUCUUUUGUCCGGAAGUAAUGAGCUGAUGAUCGCUGAAAGCUGAUUUGCAAGCUCUGUAGGCGGGAAAAACUACUGGCAUUCACCUUUUUUUUUUUUUUUUUUUAAGGUGACCUUGUGAAUAUGUACAUUGCAAAGGAAGAAGAUGCCCCACUAGAAAAAAGUAUAUUUUCAUACCUGGGCUAGGAACAAAAAUAAGUCUUUAUUUUUACAUUUGGAAUGGGACAGGGGUGAAAAAGUUCUUUGUGCCCAUAUUUGAUGGUAACUAUGAUGCUAACAAGUAUUGCGUAGAUGCAGAGAUAUUUUAGUGUUCUUACAACAGGCUCAUUGAAGAUGUCUAUGGAGAAAUACUAUUUAGAAUCCAAACAGCUGCAGGGCAAAAGCCAUUUCAUGCUGAAAAGACAGGGAAAUAAGAAAGGGUAAAUGUCUGACAGCAUGGCACUGAAGGGUGACAGAAAUAAUCACUGUUGUUAUUUUCCAGGCUCUCUCAAACUCAAAAGCUAAUUUGGUCAAUUUGGUAAUCGUUUCGUCAGUUAAAGCCGGACUUGUCAUGCAACUUGAGUAAUCUGUCAAUUCUCUGUCCUAUUUUUCCCUUCUUACUGCCUACAAUGAAGGAAAAGAAAAAGCAGGAGGGUUCAACCGUCGUCUAGCUUUCUGUGGCACGAGUACACAGUACAGAAAUGCCAAAGAGUAUGCUGAGAGAUAAAUUAGAAACAGUGUUGCCAUUACAUAGUCUGUCCACCAAAGGGCGCUGGCAGGUUUUUUUUUUUUGACUGUAGAAUGUCCCACCCAGUUGGUCACAGUUCUUUAUAAUGUUACUGUGUUGAAAAAAACUAGCAUCAGCUGAUAUAUAACUCUUAAAGCCCCUGAACACUUGGGAUAAGAUCUUGCGUAUUUUUCUGUAGCAUUACAAAUCCAUGCUAAAUAAUCCCAAGUUUAAAAAGCAUCUUUAGGUAUUAUUUAUGAAGAGUUUAACACUCAAAAACUCAGCUCAUCCGCUUUGUCAGGACUGCGUGGGUGUGAUUUGAUGGACAGCGACCAAAACAACCGACCCAACAAGCCACACCCAAUCAAAACCAGCAAGAAGAGCAAAGAGGAAGAAGAAGAAAUGUGUGAGAGUAUCCAUAGCGAGAGAGAUCGUUUUCAGGGCCUUUUAAAUUGGCCUAGAAAAUCCUGUAUGGGUCGGACUCUAAUCUGUAUUUAUUUACAUGUUUAAGUGUGUCAACAGAAAUUCAAAUGGAGGAGAAACUCUUUUCCUCCACGUUGAAUUUGACCCAAAAUGUAUUUAUUUUUACAGAAGCAUCCAGUGCAGCUUUAAAUGUUCUACUGUCCACAUACAAGUGAAGAAGCUGAACGUGUGCAGGCAUCAACCAAUAAUACUUUAAAGGCUUCAGUACAAUUCCAAAAUGAUAGUUUUUUUUGUUUACCAAGUGUGUAUGCAUGGCGGGCUAAUAUUACACCUCUUUACCUUCCACACUGAGAUGGCAGUGUUUCUCCUCAUCGCAUGCUUUUGAGUUUGCUCAUGCUAGAUCUGCAACUAAUAAUUCUUUUCAUUAUCGAAUAAUCUGUCGAUCACUUUCUACAUUAAUAGAUUAGUUGUUGGGGUCGUAAAAAAUGUGAAAAAUGUUUGUCACUGUUUCCCAAACACAUUCAGUUUACUGUCAUCGAGGACUAAAGACACCAGAGAAUAUUCAUAUUUGAGAAGCUGAAAUCAAGAGAAUUUGGACGUUUUUUUUCUUCUUCAUUAAUCGAUUAUCAAAAGAGUUGGCAGUUUAUUUAAUAUUUGAUAACUAAUCGAUGAAUCAACUAAUUGUUGCAGCUCUAACACUAAACACCGGCCCACUUCACAUGCUUCCCAGAUGGUCUGUCAAAGCAGAUGUUACCUGAAGCCUAUCAUUAGUUUUUCAAAGGUACCUUCACUUUGUCUCGAGGGCAGAGCCAUUAGCAGCAGCACUGGUGACUCAUUCUCGUUUUGCUGCUUUUACUGCGAGCCGAGCUGAGCGGCGGCCAUUGUGCUAUUUAAAUGUAAAUGAAGUUAUUGAAUCGGCUGUCAUUUCACAGCAGGAGCUCUAAAAUCACAGAGAAGAAAGGCAUGCGAAUGUGUGGAUGUUACCUAAGCUGGAAUAUGUGCUAGAUUCAUAUUCUUGGCCUCUUUCCUGCGUCUGUAUCUGAAAAGUUUUGGGGUGAAAUGCAGGUAAUGAGUGGCGUUAGUUCAGAAGUGAUAGGCGUUGCAUUAAAAGGGGAUCUUUUUUUGUAGUCACCAGAGAGGAAUGGGCUCCUCUUUGUUGUAGAACUCGUUGUAGACGUGAGAUUGUGGAUCAACUGUGGAGGGUGUUAAGAUUCUGUUAUGAUCAAAAUCAUUCUUACUCAUAUUUCCUCAAUGUGGUGCUCCAAACCAUGUCCUAUUGUAGUCAAACACUACAGCAGAUGUUAGGGGAUAGCAGGUUUAUUCUAUACUUCUCAUAUUGUCAACAAAUCCCAUGAAUAGACCAAAACCAACAAUGAAUUGAUUCUACCAUCAAGUGUUGUUUGGCUGCCCAAAGCCUGAUAUAAACCCAUCAGUGAGUGAGCAUCAUGUUCCUCCAUUACCAUGAGCGCACACACACUGCUUAGUUUAUUUAGACUCUGUCCCACACACACUGUCCCGCUAGCGCUCCAAUGCAUUAAACCGCGGCUGAAGGCUGUCUCCAACAAAUGCACUGUUUUCUCCUGUUUGUUGAAAACUGUCUAUAACAAAAAACAAGAAGCUGUUUUACAGAAAUGAAUGAGCCUUUAUGAAAAAGUACAUAUUCAUGACACAUUCUUCUAGAAGACUUACGUCCUCCAUAGGAACCAGUGGGCUUGGGGCUGAAUGCUGCAGAGAGAGAAGGGGAGUUGGAAACAAGGUGCGAACCUUUCUUUUCAUGGGAUUUGUUGACAGUAAUAAAAAAGAUUUACUAUUCAUCCAAGUGCUUUUCAGCUUGCGUUUUGUUAAUCGACUCCGGGCCUGUGGUACAUUUAGAGCAGUGGUUCUCAACCUUUUUGCUGUCAAGGACCCCCAAACUGAUACACAUCACAUGUGGACCUGUAUUUGAUAAGUAGUCUCAGGGAUCCCUGUCUGAUAAGCUUUAGUUAUUCCCUAACUGUCUGUACUGUAGAGUGGCAGAUUAACAGUGAGGAGUGUGAAACCCACAUCAUAGUCACUCUUUACAUUUUCUUGUUGGGCUAAUGUUUAGUCAAUGGAAUAAUAGUAAAAUUAAAAUGUUUACCAAAUUUCUGGGGACCACCUAAAGGACCCACGGGGGUUUCCCCCAAGUUGAGAACCACCGAUUUAAAGAACCACAGACCUCAUGGUAAACAUUAAAUAUUAUCUUUCCAGCUUUCGUAGCAGGUCAACUCCAGUACAUAGAUGUUUCCUAGAUUACUGCCGCUGGAGUUGGAGUUGUGUGUAUUAUCACCUGUAGUGUGUGUGUUGAUGGUGCAGAUUUAAGCAUUUGAUGUUGAAGCUGAGUAUGAGCAUUGUGUUGGUGUUGGAAUGUUCUAGAAAGGCGACGCUGAUUUCCAGCCUAUAAACCAAACAACAAUGACCUAAAACUGUCAGUUGAAUUUGAUGGUUCUCCUUUGUUUUGUUAUCAGUCCCUCCAGGAUUUCACAGGCUUUUUUGGGGGGAUUGUUGCGACCUAAAAUGCCUGAUUUCACGGCAGCUUUUCUAAAACAAAAAUUGCAAUGCAUCUUGCGAUGUUUUUGCGGGAGAAAGUAAAAAUUGCAAAAAUAGUUGCGAUUAUGUUUUGUUUUAUUUUUAUAAUUCAUUAAAGGUCCAGUGUGUAGGAUUUAGUGGCAUCUGGAGCCAGUGUUUGGUUUGUCCCCACUGGGCUACCAUAGGAAACAUGGCGGACUCCAUGAAAGGUGACCUGUGAUAGACAUAAAAGACUCGAUUCUAAGGUAACAGAAAUAAAAUGAUUCCUAUAUUCAGGUGAUUAUCCACUACUGAAAACCUACCUUAGAUCCUCCUCAAUGUUACACACUGGACCUUUAAACAUUGAUGGCAGCUUGUUCCACUGUUUGGAGGGUAAAAGUGACACGUUUGCGUCGCACAUGUCUACAUGCUCUGGGUCAUUGCUAGAAACAAGGAAGUGAAUUUGGUGAUGUAUGACUCAGCGUUUUGUGCAGAAAACUAAAAUCUUUGGUCAGAUUUGCGGUGACAGGACAAAAUUGCAAGGUUGCACAGAAUUGGCAGGGAUUGGUUGAAUUAGCGUUAAUUGUUGUGAUCGCAGCUUCCUGGAGGGACUGGUUUAUUCCUUUUGAUAGCCGGUAGUUUGAGAUUUUGUUUUUCAAGGACUUUUUUCUCCCCCAUAUUUUGACAGUGGCGUCGUUCUGCAUGUGCAUCCAAAUGUUCCACAUUGUUCAAUAUGGUGUGUUUCGGUGUAAAUGUCUCAAAGGAAAAUAUGACAGUUUGAUUUUUUUUUUCCCAAUGGGGGAAUAUUUUUUGUAAAGGGGGGGUUUCUUACUUUCUGUCACCAAAUGUAAAUUUUGUAAGAUAAAUUGGAAAAAGAAACUAUAAUUACUGACCUGUGAAAUGUACAGUAUUUUGUGUCCUGGAGAGUUUUAUAGCUUUUGUAAUAAAAAACAGAUUUUGGAUUACAAAGAAGCAUUUUGUGAAGCUUUGGGUAUAGUGAUGGCAUGCUGUUGAGCUGUUACCAGUCUGAUACUGUUGAGCUGUUCUGUUGUUGCACAUGACAAGGUAUGUAUAGAGAUGUAUUAAAAGUGCACAUACUUUAUAAUUCUAAAUA